AUGAACGAGCUCAACCCAGACAUUUAUACGGUCGCGUGGAUAGCGCCGCUCGAAAUCGAGGCUCAGGCUGCCCUCCAUAUGUUGGACAAUCAUCACCGUGGACGAUUCGCGUUGGGUAGGGGUGACGACUAUAUCUUCCGCGCUGGUGAUCUUGGUGGACACAACACCAUCAUCGCUACUCUACCGGCGGGCCAAGAGUAUGGAACCGGGUCUGCAGCUGCACUUGCCAGUCAAGUGAAGAAAUUCUUUCCAAAUCUCUGGUUUGGAUUACUGGUUGGUGUUGCUGCUGGUCUUCCAAGCCUCUCCCGACACCCGCCUCGUGAUAUCCGACUUGGUGAUGUCCUCGUAGGGCUUCCGGAGGGUAACAGCGCUGGCCUUAUAGCCUAUGACUUGGGCAAAGACCUGGGAGCUGGUGGUUUCCAACUGCUACGUGAUGGACACGUCUUGGCAAAUACCGAAACUGUUGUCCGAUCCGCGAUCCAGAAUAUCAAACUGAUGGCGCCUCGGGAUGUCGACACAUUUCAACCAUACUAUGAGAGCAUUCGGCAAAAGCAGCAUGCCAAUGGGGAUUUCAACGAUCCUGGCCAGGACGAUGACCACCUAUACCAGAUGGACGAUAAAGGAGUGAGUCAUAUCGUUCAACGAGAACGGCGACCUGAUUCAGCGCGAACCCGAGUUUGGUAUGGACCGAUCGGAUCCGGGGAGAAACUCAUGAGGAAUGCUCGGAGGCGAAAUGAAUUGAGAGACAAGUAUGGUAUCAUCGGGUUGGAAAUGGAAGCCGCUGGAACAAUGAAUCGUAUAUCUGUUGGUGUGAUUCGAGGGGUUUGUGACUAUGGGGAUGAACAUAAGAAUAAAGGGUGGCAAUCUUAUGCAGCGGCAAUGGCUGCCGCCUACGCCAAAGCAAUUUUAUAUGAGAUUAGACCCAAAGCCUCGGCCCCGGCUUACGUGAAGAGUGGUUAG